GCAAUUAUCACUAGUCAAGGCCUUCAACAAAAAAAAAGCUCGAAGCUAGACAACAAUGGCCGAUCUAUCAGGACCAUUGUUGUCUCAUUUUGCCGAUGAUCACGAAGUCAACGACACAGAGGAAUUGACUUUCGACAAGAUCGUCGAACAGAGUCUAUCCGAUUUCGGGUUCUGGCAAUUUUUCCAGAUACUCCUCGUUGGACUAUCUUUGUUCUUCGAUGCUCAUCAGAUCUUCAUCACCGUUUACACAGAUGCAUAUCCCACGUGGCACUGUCUUGACCACACGAUCUGUGAUCCUUCUGCUUCCGACAUCUGCAAGCUUCCAAGAUCAGCCUGGCAAUGGGACGGUGAUUCCAAGGGCAGAUCCGUCAUUUCAGAUUUCGUCCUGGAGUGCUCGAGCUCAUUACUCAGAGGUAUGCCUAGUUCUGCUUUCUACAUCGGUGCGGUAGUUGGAGGAUUUGUUCUAGCUUUGAUCCCAGACGAUACCUUGGGUCGCAAGAAACUACUCGUCUUCUCAACCUUUGCAAUGUCAAUUAUCUCAAUCUCUAUUAUCUUCUCAACCAACGUAUGGAUUUACGCAUCGCUGAAAUUUUUCGUCAGAUUUGCGCGUUCUCAGACCUGGUCAUACGCUUUGGUUCUCAUCAGUGAGCGAGUCUCCACCGGAUGGAGACCGAUAGCUACGAUGAUCCCAUUUACCUUAUUCGUUUUAGGGUUUAUGUCGUUGUCUGGAAUAGCUUACCUUGCUCAACACUCUUCAUGGAGAUUUCUCUAUCUAUACACAGCCGUUCCCGCAGCAUUAUACUGUAUCUUUCUCUACCUUUUCACACUCGAAUCGCCUCGUUGGCUUCACAUGCAAGGAGAGGAUGGAGAAGCCAUUGGUGUUCUCGGAAAGAUCUCACCCAAGAGCAUACCCUACUUGGAAUCAGUGAUUACUAAGUUACCCCUCGAGAAAGAAACCUUUGAACAAGGGCCAAGUCACUCGAUUAAAGACUUUUUCAUCCGGAGAUGGGCUUCUCGGAGGAUUUCGGUUGUGAUGGUCAUAAUGUUUGGGUUAGGGAUAUCUUAUUAUGGAGUUCCUUUAGCAGCAAGAGACAUAGACGUCAACAUCUACUUGAGCGAAACCCUAAACGCAUUGGUGGAGUUACCUACUUUCGUUAUAACUCCGGUCUUGAUGAAGAGAUUCAACAGAAGAAGCUCCGUUCUCGUGAAUACUUUACUCGGUGGAGCAUCGGGAGUGCUCUGUUUCGUUCCCAGCGUUGUCGGAAAAACAGGGGUCGCGUUUGCGUUCGAACUGGGAACAUUCUUCUGCGCAAGGAUCGGUUUCAACUUAAUGGCGGUUUAUAUGGUUGAAAUGUUUCCGACGUGUGUGAGAAGUUCCGCAACGAUGAUGUUUAGACAGGCUCUUGUUGUUGGAGGAGCUUGUUGUCCGCUAAUUGCUUCGCUUGGAAGAGACUUACCAUCAGUAUCAUUCGCGAUUUUCGGAAUUGCCAUGUCUGGUUUAGGAUUGUUCGUUUUGAUUCUGCCUGAGACAAAAGGUUUGAGUCUCUGCGAUACGAUGGAAGAACAAGAAAAGAGAGAUCAAACCGUAAACACUAGCCAUUGUUGAUGAGUUUUAAGAGUUUCUUUUUAGCUUAUAGAUUCUCCACUAUUGUGAUUUAUGUCUUGGUUUUAAGAGUAAAAA